GUGGUGAAUUGGGCCUGUCCCGAUGUGGUGGAGGCGCUUCUCCUCGCGGGGGCAGACUUCAAUAUCCGGGACCCUGUCCUGGGGCUCACCCCGCUGCACGACGCAGCGCGCGCCGGUUACAUCGGUUCUGUGGAGAAGCUCGUCCAAUACGGCUCAGAUGUAAACCUGUUUGAUGAGAGGGGCAACCUUCCGCUGCACCUGGCCGCCAUGGAGGGAAACCUGGAGGUUAUCCGGCUGCUGAUCGGUCUCACCGCAGACCCCCGGGCACGCAACGCGGAGGGAACGCCGGGGAGCAUGGCGCACAAGCAAAAUCACAUGGAGGCGGCCAAAUACAUCGAGGAAUAUUUGAGCUCAAGCUUCUGCAGGCUUUGGGAU